UCAUUCUUUCCUCUCAAGUUUCCUCACAUUCCUUUAUUCUCUCCAUUAUUUCGAUUCUUGUUCUUCAACCACCCCUUACCUCCCCUCCUCCCCGGCCCCGCCUCUAUUUUCUUAUAUCACCACACCUUCCUCCCUCUCUCUCUCUCUCUCUCUCUGAGCUCAUAUAUUGCGACUGGGGCUCUCAGUUUGUACUUUGAAAUAAGAGAGGAGGACCCUUUUGUUUUGUGUCAGAAGCAAAUCCCAACUUCCAAUCCCCAAACUGAGAAAAAAAGUUAUUUGUGUCAGAGUUUGUUGUACUAGGAUCUCAAUCCCCACCACGCAUAUGAGACAUGACACCAAGCGACGGCACAAUUAUCACUGCCACUAAUCCUCGUACUGAGAUGAAAUUUGCUCGUAGAUUUCUGAGAUCUCUGUCCAAGACGAGGAAGAUCCGACCGCCGUCUUCCUCCUCCUCAAUUUGCGUGAAAAAGCGAAGUGAGAGAAUAAAGAUGGCGGCUUAUUGGUGUAUGGCUCGUGCGGUUGGCUCAAGGAGGGCUUGGAGCCGAGCCAUUCUGAUGAAGCUGAGCCGAGGCAGACAACAUCACCACCAUUGUUUCUCCAUGACGAUGAUGAAGACAAGGAUGAGAAGAAAGAAUAGAUCAACGUGGCUAGGUAAGGUCAAGAAGAAGAAGAAGGAGGAGGAGGUCAGAACUCGUUCUCCUUCUCCUUAUGAUGAAGACGAUGAUGAAGAAGGGCUGAUGAAAAGGCAAACACAGAAGCUGAGAGAAGUAGUGCCAGGAGGGAAGUCGAUGGAUAUUUGCAGCCUGUUGGAGGAAACAGCUCACUUUGUGACCUGCCUUGCUGCCCAGGUUCACGUCAUGCAAACCAUAGCUCAUCACUAUUCCUAGUUAAAAAAAAAAAAAAAUAGUGGUGAUGAUGAUACA